AUGGAAGACUUGGAGGAAAAAUGGAAGGACCUGAAGCUAAGAGACGAGGAAAAAAUGGUGAUAGAGAUUGAUGAAGAGGUACCGAGUGAUUUGUUGAUAAAAGAACAGAGGACUCUACUCGAGAAAUUCUGCUCAAAUCGGUUGAUUAGCAAGGAGGUGGUGGAAAACACAUUGGCCAAAGUCUGGAGAAUCAGCAAGCAAGCUCAGUUCACUGAGGUGAGUCCCAAUAUCUUUGCUAUUGUGUUAGACAAUAUUGCUAAUAAACAGAAGGUUUGGUCAGGCCGACCAUGGCUGUUUGAUAAUCAGUUAUUAGUAUUAAAGGAAUUUGAUGGUUUUACGCCAUUAAAACAAGUGAACUUCAACUCUGAAAGUUUUUGGGUAAGGUUUCAUAACUUGCCGCUGUCUUGUAUGAUGGAAGUACGUGGAGAACAGAUUGGAAGCACAGUGGGUAGAGUGGAAAGAGUGGAUGUGCAGGAAGAUGGUAGUGGUUGGGGGAAGUUCUUGAGGGUUCAGAUUCACAUAGAUCUUAACCAACCCCUAACAAGAGGGAGAACUCUGAUGGUUAAAGGCAAAGACAUAUGGAUUCCCUUUAGCUAUGAAAAAAUGCCUAGAAUAUGCUUCUUGUGUGGUUGUAUAAAGCAUGGGCAAGAUGAGUGUAAAGAAGGGGGAAGUCAGGCUGGGGGUGAUAAUCAGUAUGGCCAGUGGUUGAGGGCUACGCAGGUUUACAGAAAUAACUUCUUUAUGAAUGUACCAAAGAGAAGUGAAGAGGGGAAUAAGUGGUGGAAGGAGAAGGAGUACAGGCAUCAAGGUGAAGGAAGUAGGGGAAGUAACAAAGAAGAGGGAUGUAGGGAUGGGGAAGGAAGUAUUGAAGGAAUGGGGAAUAAUGGGAAGGAACAGGAGAGUGUGACUAAGGGGAGUGAAAAAACAAAGGAGGGGGAGGAUGGGGUAGAUUUAGACAUGGGCAGUGAUGUUGAGGGGGGAAAUGAAAAGGAAACAAUAGCUAUUGAUUUGAAUGACAAAGAAGAAAAGAUGGAGAAUGGGUUACAGGAAGUUGAAGUUCAGCUAGAGAUUAUGGGGAAGAAGAUGGAUAGUGAACUGUGGAAUAAGGAAGAGGGUGAAAGGGUAAAGAGAAGCAAGAAAGGAAAAAUAGUUCAAGAUCUCUGCUCUAUGACAGAGAGAAAUAAGCCCAACUUAGUUUUCAUCAUGGAAACUAAGCUUAGAUAUAUGAAAAGUGAAAGCAUAAAGAGAAGGAUAGGCAGUGAAGGGUGUUUUACAGUUGAGGCAGUGGGAAAAGGGGGUGGUUUAAUUCUGUUAUGGGACUCAAGUCUGAAUCUGGAAAUUGUAAACUACUCACAAGGGCACAUUAGUGCUUGGGUGAUGGAGGAGGCGGCGAGUAAAUGGCUACUUAUAUGCUUCUAUGGGGCACCUGAAACUACAAAAAGAAAAGAUACAUGGUCAAUGCUUAAAAGUUUGAAACCAAAGGGUGAUGAGGGGUGGAUGAUAGUAGGGGACUUUAAUGAAAUAUUGACAGAAGAUGAGAAGUGGGGAGGGAAGGCUAGGCCCGAGAGCCAAAUGGAGCUGUUUAGAGAAGUGAUGAGCGAGAGUGAUUUGCAGGAUUUGGGAUGGAGGGGAGAAAAGUUCACGAGGAGUAAUUCACAUACUGAUUCAACCUUUACAAAAGAAAGAUUGGAUAGAGCUGUGGCAAACUCCAAAUGGAUGGAAAUGUACAAUGAGGCCUGGGUGGAUGUGUUGGUGGCCAGAACCUCGGAUCAUAAGCCACUACUAGUCCACUUGAUUAAACAAGAUAAAAGGGGAGACACUCAAGGUAGGCAGAAGGCAAAAAACUUUAAAUAUGAGGCAAGUUGGGCUUUAGAGGAUGAAUGUGAGAUGGUGUUAAGAAGAGCAUGGGGUAAUAAUGGAUCACUGAAUCAAAAUGUCAUAGGCUUGCUGAAUAAUAGUAAAAGGGCCUUCCAGGUCUGGAGCAAGAUGAAGAAACAGAGGAAUGGGAAAGAAGUGGAAGAAAAAACAAAGCUUUUACAGAGACUACAAGCUGAGGAAAGCAGUGAAAAUGUGGAGGAGAUCAGGAAACUAACUACAGAACUGCAUGCCUUGCUAGAAAAAGAGGAUCUCUGGUGGAAACAAAGGGCAAAAACAAACUGGUACAAGCAUGGAGAUAGAAAUACAAAGUAUUUCCAUGCUUGUGCAAAUCAAAGGAGGAAAAGAAACUUUAUUAACGAAGUGGAAGAUGAUAACAACAAUAUGGCUUGUGGAUACAUUCAGGUGGAAGAAGCUUUCAGGAAGUAUUUUGGCAAUGUUUUUCAGUCUACACAGCCAAGCAAGGCUGAAAUUGAAGCUUGCCUGGUGGGUAUGGACAGAAGAGUUACUGAGGGGAUGAAUGAGAGGUUGACAAGAAGGUUCACAGUAGUAGAAGUGGAGAAAGCAGUGAAACAGAUGGCACCUUUGAAAGCACCAGGCCCAGAUGGGUUUGGACUGUGCUUUUAUUGGGCCUGGUUCAAAGGUGCCCUAGCUGAGAUAAUUUCUCCAAAACAAAGUGCCUUUCUGCCGGGUAGACUGAUUAAUGACAAUAUUAUGGUGGCCUACGAACUUCUACACUCAAUGAGAAAUAGAAAGAAGGAGAAAGUGGGAAGCAUGGCUAUGAAGCUAGACAUGUCAAAGGCUUAUGAUCGAGUUGAAUGGCAGUUUUUGGAGGCUGUGUUGUUUAAGCUUGGGUUCUGCACUCAAUGGGUGGAUUUAGUGAUGAAGUGUGUUAAAACAGCUUCAUAUUCUGUGCUAAUCAAUGGUACUCCUGGUAAAAAAUUUUGGCCUUCAAGAGGGUUGAGACAAGGGGAUCCUUUGUCACCCUAUCUGUUCAUUGUUUGUGCUGAGGGAUUAAGUAGUCUAUUGGAUUAUUAUGAGAAGAGGCAAAUGAUAAAAAGGGUGCAAGUGGCUCGAGGAGGGACAAGCAUCAAUCAUCUGCUUUUUGCAGAUGAUUGCAUCUUAUUUGGCAGGACAAAAAUUGAAGAAUGGAGGAGAAUUCAAAGGGCUCUGCAAGUAUAUGAAAAGGCAUCAGGGCAAUUUCUUAAUAAAGAAAAAACUGCAGUUUUUUUCAGCAAAAACUCUCAUCCUGUUGACAAACAAGCUAUAAAGGAAGCUGGCCAGAAUUUAGUGUGUGGCAUAUAUGAAAAAUACUUAGGCCUUCCUGCUAUUGUAGGAAGGUCCAAGUUUAACACUUUCAGAAGUUUAAAGGAAAGGAUUUGGCAGAAAAUAGUUAGCUGGAAAAAUAAGUUUCUAUCCCAAGUUGGGAAAGAGGAGGAAAGAGGAAUGAUAUGGAGGAACUGGGAAAGGCUGAGUGUGCAGAAAGGAAGAGGGGGUAUGGGCUUUAGGGACUUGGAAAGCUUUAACACAGCUCUCCUUGCUAAACAAGAAUGGAGGAUUCUAAAGUAUCCCCUUAACCUGGCAACAGUAAUUUUCAGAGAGAAAUAUUUCAGAAAAGAGAGUUUUAUGGAGGCAAAGUUGGGAUCACAACCAUCCCUAAUAUGGAGAAGCAUAUGGUCAGCCAGAAACCUUUUGAAAGAAGGAUUGAGAUGGAGAGUAGGGGAUGGGAAGGAGAUUAAAAUAUGGGGAUCAAAGUGGGUGCCAAGUCCUAUCUCUUAUGCUGUUCAAUCCCCAGUGAAGUUAUUGAAAGAAGAUGCUAAAGUUGAGGAGCUGAUUAAUGUGCAGAAAGGUGAAUGGGAUGAAGCCAAGAUUCGAGCAAUUUUUGUACCAGAGGAAGCUGAAAAAAUACUUAGUGUACCUUUGAGCAGUAGAGGAACAAAGGAUAAGCUGAUUUGGGGUCCAUCUAAAAAAGGAAUUUUCUCAAUUAGAAGUGCUUAUUUCUUACUUCUGGAACUAAGGGAAAGGAAUCAAGGAGAAUGUUCAGUAGAAGAGAGGAAUGAUGAUAGGUGGAACAAAAUUUGGGAGCUGAAGGUACCAGGGGUGACAAAACUAUUCAUAUGGAGAGCUGCAAAUAAUUUGCUACCCACAAAAGAAAAUCUGUAUAAGAGGAAGGUUAUUGAAGAAAAAAGCUGUCUUAUGUGUGAGGUAGAAGAAGAAACAAUUAUGCAUGUGUUAUGGGAGUGCCCAGCAGCAAACAACCUGUGGGGAAAUGAUGAAAGUUGUGUUAAAAAGUGGGCCAGAUCUGAGUCGAAUUUUAUGUCUCUUUGGGAGAAACUCAUGGACAGACUACAUAAGAACCAGUUGGAGGAGAUGACAGUUUUAUUGAGAAAAGUGUGGCUGAGGAGAAAUGACUGGAUUUUUGAAAAGAGAAUGGCUUGUCCAAAGAAUUCAUUUAGUGCUACAAAAGCAGCUCUACAUGAAUUUCGUGACUCACAAGGGAAGAGAAUGGGAAUAGGGAUUAUGAUAAGGGAUGAACAAGGUGAGGCUAUGGUAACAGUGUGUGAUCAAAAGCCUAAUGUGAUCGAAGUAGCAGUAGCAGAAAGCAUAGCACUGAGAAAAGCAGUAGAGAUAUGUGCAGAUAUCUUAACAUACAAAGGGCCAUUUUUGAAGGGGAUGCAAAGAUAG